GCCGCCACCGUCUUGGAGGGGGAGACACUCGGGGGGGAGCCAGUGACGUUGGGAGUUUUCCUGAAAGUCAAUAACGAGCCUGGCGAAGGCGACUGAAGAGGCGGAGGCGGCGGCAGGAGCCGAGCCGAACGCUGGGCCCCCGGUGACUUCGGCUAGCUGAUCUGGGCGCAGCAGCCGCCGCCCUGACUCCGCGGAUGCUGCGGCCGAGCUGCCCUGGCGGGCGCCUCCCUAAAUAACGGAGAGUCGCUGUCUAUGUAGCCGCCGCCCCUUCUGCGUCUCCUCAGAGAGCUGCCAGCCGGGGCCGGGACCCUCGCAACAGCUCUGAGGCACACAGCGGCCGUGAAGGACCGUACCCGGCAGGGGGGACAAGAGAGAAGGGAUCGUGGGGCCCCCCUGCCUGGAGCCGCCGCCGCCUUCCCGCCACUUCCAAACCAACGGUCAGUAUCAGCCGGCCUCGUCUUUGCUGCAGGUUGAUUUAAGAUACUGAAAAGUCAGAAAGGACGUGAAACUGUAUCGGCGAGAAAGGAAAAUACUCUUUCUCUGAAUUAAAGGCUUGGAGUGGAGACAUCAUGAGCGAUGUUACAAUUGUGAAAGAAGGUUGGGUUCAGAAAAGGGGGGAAUAUAUAAAGAACUGGAGACCAAGAUACUUCCUAUUGAAGACAGAUGGCUCAUUUAUAGGAUAUAAGGAGAAGCCUCAAGAUGUGGAUCUACCAUAUCCUCUUAACAACUUUUCAGUAGCAAAAUGCCAGCUAAUGAAAACAGAGAGACCAAAACCAAACACAUUUAUUAUCCGAUGUCUUCAGUGGACCACUGUGAUAGAAAGGACAUUUCACGUAGAUACACCAGAAGAACGGGAAGAAUGGACAGAAGCCAUCCAGGCAGUAGCAGACAGGCUUCAAAGGCAGGAAGAGGAGAGAAUGAACUGUAGUCCAACUUCACAGAUUGAUAAUAUUGGAGAGGAGGAGAUGGAUGCUUCCACAACUCAUCAUAAAAGAAAGACAAUGAAUGAUUUUGAUUACUUAAAGCUACUUGGCAAAGGCACUUUUGGCAAAGUGAUUCUGGUCCGAGAGAAGGCAAGUGGAAAAUAUUAUGCUAUGAAGAUUUUGAAAAAAGAAGUUAUUAUUGCAAAGGAUGAAGUGGCUCACACACUUACAGAAAGUAGAGUGCUUAAAAACACUAGACAUCCCUUUUUAACGUCUUUGAAAUAUUCAUUUCAGACCAAGGACCGUUUGUGUUUUGUGAUGGAGUAUGUCAAUGGAGGAGAGCUGUUUUUCCAUUUGUCGAGAGAGCGGGUGUUCUCUGAGGAUCGCACACGCUUCUAUGGUGCAGAAAUUGUUUCUGCUCUGGACUAUCUGCAUUCUGGAAAGAUUGUGUAUCGUGAUCUCAAGUUAGAGAAUCUAAUGUUGGAUAAAGAUGGACACAUAAAAAUUACAGAUUUUGGACUUUGCAAAGAAGGGAUCACAGAUGCAGCUACUAUGAAAACAUUCUGUGGCACACCGGAAUACUUGGCUCCUGAGGUUUUGGAAGACAAUGAUUAUGGUCGUGCGGUGGAUUGGUGGGGUCUUGGAGUUGUCAUGUAUGAAAUGAUGUGUGGCAGGCUGCCAUUCUACAACCAGGAUCAUGAAAAACUUUUUGAACUCAUACUUAUGGAAGAUAUAAAAUUUCCUCGAACUCUCUCAUCUGAUGCAAAAUCACUGCUUUCAGGUCUCCUAAUAAAAGAUCCAAAUAAACGUCUUGGUGGAGGACCAGAUGAUGCUAAAGAAAUUAUGCGACACAGUUUCUUUGCUGGAAUAAACUGGCAAGAUGUAUAUGAUAAGAAGGUUUGCAUUCUUGACCUCAAGCAGCCAGCAUGGUUCUUUCCAUUCUGACUGGAUCAUGGAUUCCCUCUCCAAGGUUGGAUCACUAUCUAUAACCUAGGAUCUGGAAAUUCAUUGUAUUCUAUGUCCCCCUCAAACACUGUCUUGAGGCCAUAGGAUUUUUCCCUUAAGCUACAGUAUGAUGGCCUUUGGGACCUUACAUAGUUUGUUCUUUGCCCUGACAGCCACUGGAGUGCAGACUACCAGGCUGAAAGAGGUUCAGUAGUCCCAGCUUCACAGAUGGAUUAAUGUUUCCCAUCCAGUAUACUUAUGGGUGGUAGUUUUGUACAUUCUCUCUACAUUCUACAUUCUUUAAACUCUUUGUACUUAUAGCUCAUCAUAUGACGCUGUUAAGCAAAAUUAAACAUUACACAUGUAGUAAAUGUAGACUACAUGCGCUUUACAGUUAGACCGCCUGGGAGGCCUCUUCUGACUUGCUUUUUUUCCUGUGUUUCUAUGUUUCUAAUAUAGGAUUCCCAACCAACCAGUUCACUGUAAAAUAGUGAACAUAUGGUCUUGGAUUCAGAGAGCCACUUAUGUGAUUAGAGGGUGCUUUUGUUCAUAUAAGAGGUAUGUCUCCUACUUCCAGGUGCAACCCUGAUUACAUCCAAUGCCAUCUUGGACUGUGUCUUGAACUGCUUGAGUGGCUUUUGGAGGAUGUACAGGAUUGUGCUAGGAAGAAGGUGGCAGGAAAGUCUCAUUAUGCAAGUGCAACCGUUCAAGGUUUUUUAAUAUUUAAAAGAACCCCAAAGCUCUAUAUCAGGGUUAGGCAACAUAAUCUGUGAGGGCACCAGUGUGCCUCCAGACACCUGCAAGGUGCUCUACCCCUCCUAACAUAUUUUCUUAUGAGCUCUGAAUUCAAAGGGAUUAUUUUGUAUGUUGGGCAUGGACCCCACUUCUG